GGGGGACAAGGCCGAAUCGCGGCACGAAGCCGAGACGGACGGGGGAUCAAUCAACAACGGCAUGAGGAAACGCCUCGAGGCGCGCACGGCUACUGUCUCAUCGUCAGCGAGCGGGAACGGCCGCGUUGCUGUUGCUACUACGCGUCGCUAUUUAGCCCUCGAAUGUCGUACGCGAACGCUCGGCGCACGAUGGGCGCCGAAUUCGAACACUGACUGUCUGUCGGACGAGUCACCGAGGCGUCAUUUCCGGACGGGACCAUCGUUCCCGAUUUAAUCGCGGCCACGGGAUCCUCGCGCGCGCGAGAGAGAGAGGAAAAAGGGAAAGAGAGAGAGAGAGAGAGAGAGAGAGAGAGAGAGAGAGAGAGAGAGAAAGAAAGACUCGGCGCGCAAGACACGUGGUGUGUCGUUGGGAAUACAACGACGCGGGCAUUCUGCGCGCGUAAUAAAAUUCUAAAGGCUGUACAUACGUCGGGACGACACACGAAUUCAAAAGCCAACGAAACGGCCGUUUCUCAUAACGUACUCUCGCCGAGACAUAAUCGCCGUAACAGAGAAGCAACGGCAGCACGGAGUCAGGGAAGCCAAGGAGUCAGGGAAACGCAACGUGGAUCCGUCUGAAAUUUCGCGGACGCGCGAAUCCGUGUAUCUCACUCGCGCCGCCAGCCACCACAAAGUUAGAGGGCUCGUCGGUGGAAGGGUGGGCUCGGAGGGGGAGAAAAAGUGCGCCAGGGGUCACCGACGGUAACUGGGACACCGCGGGCCGACGCGAUUCCUAGUUUCGGGGACGGCGCGAUUAAAGGCCCGACGUCGCGCGCGUUCCUCAACCCUCUCUCUCUCUCUCUCGGUGCUGAACACGCGUGCACGCGAGAUCCACCUGAGAGACCCCGGAUAUCAGUCGGUGCACAGCUGGUGGAGUGCGAGGAGAGAGGAUUCUCGACGAGACGCUCGUGUCGGCCGCGCUCUUCUUCGCCCCUUCGGGAGUUUGGUUGGUCGCGCGUUGUUUCGCGCGCGCGAGCUGGUUCACGGUCUUACAUAUUCAUCGAUGUGGGUGGACACGUCGCGAUCGCAUGACUACAAGGCCCUUCCAUCUCGAUCGCUGGUCUCGCGAAGCAGCGACACGACACUACUAAAAGCGCGUUAAUUCACAAGCGCACGUUCAGCACCGUCCGACACGCGGAACCAUCGGGACACAGCCGAUCCUCGUUGUCCUUAGUAUCAGCAAACCACUUAAUGCGUUCGAUAAAGGGAAGUGCGUAUACACGCAUGUACAUACGCAUACGCACACGCAUACGCACACCGGCGCGGGAGACCGCGCGUAUUCGUUAGAUGUAUAUACGUACAUGUUACAAAUUUAUUUAAAUACAUCAUAGAUGCAUAUAUGAAUAUUAUAUAUGUGUGUUAAACCUUCAUAAGUCUAAAUCACGACGUUGAAGAGUUACAUAGUAUAUGACGUUACGCGAUUCUCGAUAAUCAAAUAUCGAUAACUCGAUUACGUAGUCUAACGUGCGGCCCAACACACGUUGGAAACGCACGCUCGGAGAGAACGGAAGAGGGCCUCCGGACGAAUUGAAAGUCGCGCGGGAACCUCGCCGUAGAUGAGAAAAGCGGCUGGAAGCCGCGCGGGGCGGGAAAACAAAACAGAAAGCGGCUAUUUGUUGUAUGUACUUCCGGGUGCGGCAGAAGGCGGAAACACUUGAGGUACCGUGAGACUCGAGCGGUCGUUUACUGCGUUGCACGUGUUAACGAGUCGGGAACUUGAACACAAUCCCUAUAGACCAGCGCGACGGCUGGAUCGAGGGAACUGCCAGGUGACAUUUGCCAAUUUACGUUAAAGAAAAGGAGAUAAAGAAACAAAAAAAAAAAAAAGAGAAAAGAAGAAACAGACGAAAAACGAGCAAACGAAGGAAACAACAAAACUACGAAUUUCUCUCUACUUCUCUUCGUCGUCAAUACGCGCGAGUACUCGCGCGAGUCCACGGUGCUCAACUAGAUACAUAAGUACAAAGACACGCGGGCGUGUAAAUUAUUUUUCUCUCGAGGUGUGCAUCCCAUUUACGUUUAAUACACACACACACACACACACACACACACACACAUACGCAUACACACACAUACACACACCGUACAAAGUAAGUGUAUCGAGUCUGUCCACAAAUCUCCCGGGUGACAAGCCCGAACUCAGACGCUCCUCAAACUACCUCAGCGCGACUCUCAGCAUCGCGAUUCAAUUUCCCCGUUUUCGAACGCGUCCUCGGGCAAGCAGCGAUCGAGGAACAAGACCGACAGUCUCUCGACGUCGCGUCGUCCAACUGAAAGUCCUAGAACUUAAAGAGCCAAGCGGCAGCGACCUACGUCUCCGACGCGUUCGCCUUCGUACUCUCGAGGACGAGCAACUCCGUCGCGGGAUCUUCGACAGAUAGCGUGUCUAGGUAGCUCGUCACCGAUACGAGCCGAUAUUAUUAUCGUGCUUUCUCUUUCCUUUCGGCGCGAGGGUGCUGCGAGAUUCACCGAGUAAAUUCGUAAAAUGAUCACCGACGAUCGAACGAGCGCGCGCGCCUCGAGCGUUUCCUACGCUCGCACGGAAUCCUGAUCGCCGAUCGCUUGAUCCUCGAGCUCGAUCGUCGCGCGUAGCAGAUAGGACGACUCCGGUAGCAAGCAACACAGGAGUAUCUGUCCUCGGGAUCGAUCGAAAUGCGGCCGAUUAGGGCCUCGAGCCAACGCACGUUGUACCGAAUUUCGGCGUGGCCGCGCGUUGUGUCGUCUGCAAAACAAGCAAGUGAUAUGUCCUGUCUCACGCGGGUGCGCGAACGGGAUGAUGCUGACGGCGAGAGAUGAGAUUAGAGCGUCGGGAAGAGAAAGCGAGAAGAAACAGCCGCAUCACGGGGCAGAGAGAAGAAGCCGCGAAGCCGAGGAAGAAGACGCACAGCCAUGUCAUGGGAGUCUAUUUCGUCCAGGUAUUACCUCGGAUCGGCGAGUCAUCAGCUCUCGGCGACCGAGCUGCUGGGUAGCCCUGAUGGAUCGAGGCAUCCGCUCGAUGUUUGUGACUUCUCCGAGGAGGAUUACCGAAAUCAGAACGGCAACGGUAGUAACGGCCAUUACCAAAAUGGUAGGUCGGGCGCUGGUAUAUGGGAGUGUCUCAUAGGCUGCAGGAAACGGCUCGAUCAACAAUUAGCCCGAAGGAGGGUGGAGCAAGGUCUGAAAUUGUACCGAGCUCAUAAACAACAGGCCGCGGUUAGAAAAUGGAGGGGCGCAUUGAAGAGCAUCAGACAUCGCGAGGAUAAAUUCACUCUUCUGGGAUACCUGUAUCAGGCGUACAUGGAUUGGGGCAAAUACAGGGACAGCAUCGAGUUUGGUCACAAACAGUUAUGCAUUUCGGAAGAGUUGGACUCGCCGAAUAUGCGGGCAGAAGCGUACUUGAACUUAGCCAGAGCACACGAGAGAUUAGGCGCCCUGGAUAGAGCGUUAGAUUACGCUCGGCACAGCUUGUAUAACGAGUGUGAUCAGUGCGCCACUGCUGGAUUAGUUCACUUAACUGUAGGCAGAGUCCACUUAGAGUUAGCGGGAUUCUGCAAAGCCUUGGAAGCGUUUCAGAGAGCCCACAAAAUCGCCCACUCCAUUCAAGAUCCCUCCUUAGAACUGCAGGUGUACGUCGGCCUGUCGGAACUCUACUGUAGAUUACAGGACGCGGACAAGAGCGCGCGAUACGCGGCGAGGGCUUACGAUCUUUCCAGAAGUUUACAGCUGGGAGACCUGAAUUCACGUCAUCACAGGGCCGCGUUAUUACAGAUGGCCGCGGCGCUGCGGAAAAAGGGCGAGCUGGGCGACGCUCACGAUUACUGUUCGGAAGCGACGCGGCUGUCACUAGUUUCUGGUGACCAAGCUAGUUAUGCCCGAAGUAUCCGUAUUAUGGGAGACAUUUACAGGAAGAAGUCCGACAUAAAUAUGGGCAUAUUGCAGAAAGCGUUUCGACAGUACGAGAGCGCGAUGGGCUCGGCGGCCGCAACCGGCGAUCGACUAUGUCAGAUGGAAGCGAUGGACGGCGCAGCGAGAUGCCUGGAAGCUCUCAGGCUGCAGCACAAGAUAUGCAACUGUAGACCCCUUGAAUUCAAUACCAGACUCUUGGAGGUGGCGGGAUCGGUCGGCGCCAAGCUCUUGGUGCGGACAGUUAGAUCCAGACUGUCGCGAAUUUACGGGUCUUUGGGAGAUGAGGAGCAAAAAGGUCAUCACGAGAGACUAGCGACCGCGAUGGAGGAAGAUCUGGAGUUACGAUGCGGAAGCUGUAAUGAGCCUUUCGGUCUGGAAGCUGAUUCUCUGGAAGCACUACCAUGCUCUCACAUAUUACACGCUAGAUGCGCAUACGACAUCUUGAAGAGACGCGACAAGAAGAAAAAACGUUUGUGUCCCGACUGCCACAAAUCUGUCAGCUCACGACUGUACCUGCAUUGCGAGGAUCCUCAUGGCAUGAAUACUUUAAAUCAUAGUUCCUUGAGCCUGGCGUCAUUGAGGGCCAGCAGCCUAGCAACACUUGAGGACUGUCACGCGACGAGUAGCGUUUAAAACACAAUGGAUUUCGUUUAUUUUAACGCGUUGGCAUUCGCAUGCGAUUAGAUAAUUUUAAGGAUCAUAAUUUGGAAGAGGAGAAACAGAGCCAACGGAAAGUAGUAUGAUGCAAAGAGAUUUAAUGGCAAUAAAGAGUGCACGCCUCGAACCGCUCUAACGAGUGUUGCUUUCCCUCCCUCCCAACAACGAAUUUGAGAAUGUUAUCGUUAAA